UGCCACAGGAGGACCCAAGCAGGUAAACCAUCAGCCCUCUCUCCGCCCAGAAGCACAGACGGAUCAUCAUCAGGCCAAGAUGGGAGUAAAAGAAGUGUUGAGUUCAAUACGAGUGCCGUCCAUCCUCAUACUCGGCUUGGUUUAUGUAGUCUAUGUGCUGAUUGGUGGGGUGGUUUUCUGGAAGCUGGAAGGAGAUCUGGGGCAGAAAGACAUCACUCAGUUACUGCUGAAGAAGAAGAGGCUCUUCACGUCGUACACCUGUCUGAACCAGGCAGGUCUGGAGGAUGUGGCUCAGGUUGUUCAAGCAGCAUCAAAAGCAGGUCUCAGUUUGAAAAGCAACCAAACCACCGAUGGCUUCUGGAAAUUUACCAGCUCAGCGGUGUUUGCUGCAACCGUGGUCACCACCAUAGGUUAUGGGAACACGAGUCCCAGUUCUACAACCGGUCAGAUUUUCUGUGUCUUUUUUGCACUCUUUGGUAUCCCCCUCAACAUGGUGGUGCUCAACAGAGUGGGAAAGUACAUGCUUGCUCUGGAGAGAAGCAUUUCUGAUUUCCUUGAAGGAAAGAGCGGACGAAAGAAAUGCACACGCUUCUUCGUCCACCUGGUGUCUUACAUCUGUGGAUCAGUUCUCUUCUUCGUUAUGCCAAUGAUUGUGUUCCAGCUGAAAGAGGGCUGGACCUACUCCCAGGCCAUCUACUACUGCUUCAUCACCCUCAGCACCAUCGGCUUUGGGGAUUUUGUGGCAGAGAGCAAUCCGGACAAAGACUACCCAAACUGGUACAGCGUCCUCAUAGCCUCAUGGAUCUUUUUUGGUCUGGCCUGGCUUUCUCUGCUCAUCAACCACUCCAUUGACAUCCUGGAGCGGCUCAACAACCACUUCAAACAGCAACUGAGUAGUGAGAAGCCAGAGGAAGAGCCAAGCUCCGCAGAGGACAGCGACCCUCACACCGAGGUAGAAGAUGAGACCAAUAAGCCUCCAGUAACACAGUAAUCUACAACCUACGAGGAAGGUUUCAGUGGGGUGGCCUAGUUACAGAGUCAUUAGCUGUAAGAUUAGGAUUUGGUAAAAACUUUCAGUCAUUAUAAAGUAUGAAUCAUCAAUUACUAAUUAAUAUGCGGUAGAGCAAAGGUUUCUCAGUUUUGGUCUAAUCUCUGAGGUGCAGAAGGGGCCACACAAUAAUAAAACUUUAUUUUAAGGCCACAUUUUGUUACCAUCACUAUGCAGGAUUUGUUUGCAUGUUUUAGUUCACUUGUGCACACCGGAUAAAAGUUAAAACAGCAAAUUCAGACAUGUUUGGCUCCUCUAAAUAAGACAUGAGUGACUACCGUGAUUAGUAAAUGAAUGAGACUUUGUUGGGCUCCAUACACAAUGGAUCUUUUGGGAGGCAGGCUGGAUGUGUGGUGGUACUGAAGGUGAGCAGAGUUCAACUUAAGGAAACUUUUUUUUUUUUUUUAGCAAAAUGAGAUGAAAUAGUUUAAUAAAAAUAUUAAGAAAGUUGUGGUGUAAAUUUCUUGGAACUUGUAAACAGGUUGUUUGCUCACCUACGUGGUAACAAAAGUCUUUGAGAAUAAAUAAAAGAAAUUAUUGCUAGCUUUGUCAGUUAGCUACCUUUGUCACAGAGGGGAUAUAAAAUAAAAUAAAUUACUUGCUUUGGAUGCUGUGAGGACUAAAAUGACUUUUAUAAAGAAAUAGAAGCAUCUAGUUCACCAUGACUUUUAAAAAAGUGAAUUAAAAAUACUAGAAUCCCUUUUUUGUUUUUGUCUUAGAUGGGUAGUGGUGAUGGAACUGUAAAUAAUGCUAGUAAAUGUAAAUUGGACCAGAUAUGUUUUUGCAAAUGAAAGAGGUUUAUUUAUUUGUUAUGGUUUUAUGUUUAGUUGUAAUUAAUCAAAUCUUUGUAAUAAUAACUCAAAGUGCUUUUGAGGUGGCAUGACGUCCAAAACUAAAAAAAAACAAAGUCUCCAAAACCACAAGAGUCACAAUCCAGAGUCAAAAAUGUGAAAUGGCCAGUAUGUCAGCUUCAACAUCAAAUGACAAAAUCAGAGUUUUUAUGUCUAAUAGUACAUGUUCAUGUAAUCCUAAUCAUGUCUGUUUGACACCUCACAUUAAAAAUGUGCAUGUGACAGGGAUGUAGAAAUGUGACAGUAUGUACAACCAGCCCAUUUUCUCUCAGCUGAAAAAAUUCUAAUUUAAUGCACUUAAUUCAUCCACAUAAGGAUUUUCUGGCUAACUCAGCAGUGUGUUUAAGAAACGCCGUCACAUAUAAAGACAUUUGCCAUGAGGUCAUCACGUAGAGUCAUGAAAGCUACAUCUCAGUCGAGAAAUGAGUCAGGAAAACAUCAUAAUGACAGUUUUGCUCUGGUGUCGCUGUUUUACGCUCUGUUGAAAAAACACUAAAUUCCUACACAAACAACAUUUCAGAAAAUGACAAAAGAGAAAAUAUUAUUUCAGAUAAUAUACUUAAAAGAGAAUAACCAUGUACAUAUCAAAUGCUGCUUUUAAUCACGUUUUCUGUUUGUUUGCUGAUUUUUGGUUUUCUGGCAUAUUUUUUUCUUUUUUAAUAAAAAGGUAUUUCUAUAUGAUUUUUGCAUGUUGUGGUAAUUGGUUGUGUUCCCAACUUCCCACUUACCUCUUCCAACACAUUAUUAAAUAUUUACUAUUUAUAUUCAAAUAUUUAAUAUGAACCAUAAAAACCCUUAAAUCUAAAAAGGGAUCUUUGUGGGAUGUGAUUAAAGGAAACAGAAGAAAUCAAUGCAGCAAGACUACAAAAAAAUACUAAAUUUUAUAGAAAAUUACAGCUUUUCUGCAACUCAAUUGUACUGCAAUUCCCACUGUGUCCACUGGAUGGUACUACUGUGCCAAAAGAUAGGAACUAAAAGACUCAAAACCUAUUGAAUUAUCACAGCUCCACAGUCAAUAUAUUUCUAUUUUAAAUUUAUAUAUUGACUAA